AUGGAGGUUGAUAAUGAUCAAACACUCGGGGCAGUACUCAUGCUUGCUUUUUAUGAGACCUUGAUGUCCAAAGACUCCAUGAAAGAGUACAUAAGCCAUAUCAAAGGAGCCGCCAAAAUUGUCCAGAUGCGUGGUCAAAAAUGUCUUCAGACGGACGAGGGCCGGGAAAUGUUCUCCAUGACACGCAACCAAUGCCUGUCGAUACAAAACCUCUUCAAAGAUGCGGAGUUAUCUGGGUAUUCAUGGCUGUUGUACAACGAAGCAGUCCAACGCUCAAAUCGCGCCACAGUCGAUAUCAACCUCAUUUGCAGCCAGGUACAGCAGAACGUUGACUCCCUCAUAGCCAAGGCACAUCAUCCGGGGCCUGAAGCUGUUGAAAAAAUGCUCGAAUUGCUGGAAAAAUGCAGAAAACUCGAGUAUGAGCUCAGCCAGCUUCGAGCUAAUCCAAACCCACAGUGGAAGGUUGAGGUUGCAGAAUGGGUAUUCGAUCGGACCGACGAAGAGCUCGACACGGAGCCUACAUUUGAGGGCCAAGUCUACAAGUUUUUCAACCUUCCCAUGGCUGUUCUCCACAUAGUUACGUGGUGUUCUCACUUGAACCUUAUUACGACAAUGAUCCGCUGCAGCUCAUGGCUGGCGUCAGCUGGAAGAGAAGGUCUAGAUGAUUUCGAGGAGUAUGAAAAGCUUGCUUGUUCAGCGAGCGCUCGUAUCGACGAUAUUGUGUCCGGAGUUCCAUACUUUUGCAGCUGGAACGGAUACGGAGUCAUUGUGUCACAAUUCCCUUGUGGCACAACCAAGCCAGAUGAUCCACUGAAGGGAGAGGCUGGGCUUAUUGUCAUGUGGCCGAUUGCUAUGGCAAUGAAGAGCGAUUUCGCCACGCCAAGGCAGAGACGAUACCUAAGGGGCCGCCUUCGUUACAUUGCGGAUGUAUCUGGUAUCAGCCAGGCUCGUUAUUUCAUAAAUGAAGUGUAG